AUGGAUACCCCCGCCGUACCUCUGCCGCAGGAUGCCCGGGAACAGGCUAUCCUAGACAGCCUUGUCGUCGUCCGCGACAAGCUCCUACUCUUGAAGCAGGACCGAACCACAUAUAUUCGAAGCCAAGACAUCCUCCCUCUCUAUGACGAGACGAUUGCAAGGGUAAAAGAGCUGAACGAAAUACGCACUGAGACGGGGAGCAAGGAAGAGAAUCGACUUGACAAAGUCUUGGAGAGCUGCUUCCAACUGCUGUCCCUGUUCUACCUCACGAUCGGACGCAAUAACGAGAUCCCCGCAAACUACGCAUUAACAUCGACUAUUAAGAGACUGCUUGACCACUUGACCGAGGCCGAUCUCUAUUCAGCCAAAGAUCUCGGGAGCAUCAAGGCGACGCUAGCAAACCUUUCUCUAAGCAUAAACCAAGCAAAGACUCGCGAUAACAAGACAGAGAACUAUCCGUAUCUCCUCGAGCUCCUAUCAAAGCGAGUGGAGAAGUGCCAGUCCACAUUAGAGAACCUCCAAAAGCGAUUAGGACGCAUCGGAGAGCCUCUUCUUGCAACAUAUGAGAAGUUGAUUUCCAUCAUACGAUCUAUUUCGUUUGCGAACACAAAAGCAAGGUUUUCGAGCCACGAAGUACAAAAGCUGCAAAAGCAGCUGCUCGAUAUUGGAGAGAAGCGCAAAGAUGGCCAGUUUAUCGCUGAAGAUGGAUCCGUCCCCAAAGGUUCUGUGGAAAUUGGAGAACUCUAUCAGCGUUGCCUCAAGUGGUCGGAGAUAGUAUUGGAGAGACAAGGUGUUAUGCCAGAGGCAUUCCGCCCAACUUACAAUACCCUUGUUGGCAUUCGUAACGAGCUAGAGAAGCUAUCAUUGACACAAGCCUGGGCUCUGCGCGAGACAGAUUUAUAUGACUUCCAACGCCAGCUGGAUAAGAUUGACGAAAGCCGACAGAAUGGAAACUUUUAUGAUGACAGAGGCAGACCCGCCGACCUAUACACGCAGCGAACGAUGCUGUAUUUGACGAGGCGAAGCUACGCCUACAUUUAUUCUUUCAUAUUAGCCUCAGAGCCGGUUUCUGAGGCACUUUUGCCCAUCUAUAACCAGCUCCAAACUCUCAAGAGAUGUCUCCUCGAAGUCAGGGACAGUGGCGGCGUCUCUUCAGUAAGAGAGCUGUAUCCUUAUAGCAUGAAGCUCAACUCUCUCGAUAACCUGAGGGUAGACGGCAAAUUUGUUGUUAAUGGCGAUAUUCCCGAAGGACAAGGCAGUGUCAGUGAGCUCCUUGCCGAAUGUUUCGACCUCAGUUAUGAUCUGAGAGUUGCAGCAGAAGAGGCAACAGCGGCUCAUGCCGAUGACAAUUGA